AUGGAAGCCGCGAAAAUGAUUGCAAAUCUUGGAUUCUUUUUGACACAUCCAUCAACCAAAUCAAAUGAUGGCGAGAAGUACCCCCGAAUAUAUAUUCACUGUAAUCGUGGAUACAAGAACAAUGCAUAUGUCCCAAAUCCGGAUAAGAAAGGACGAUCCAACUUAAAGUCACUUCAAGAUGGUUGUCGUUCUCGAGUGAGGUUGGUGGGACUCCUAGAGGAUAAGACUUGGAUGAUUGAUGGUUUGAAGGACAAUCACAAUCCGUGA